CCCGUUUCCUUUCUCAAUGGCUCGCAUUUGUACUCUCUCUGUUCUCGAUUCAGAUUGUAGUUGUUUCUUUUUGGAUAUAGUUUUUCUUGACAUGUGAUUAGUUAAUUCAGUUUGAAUAAUAGUUUUGAUGUAUAGUUGAUAGCACAAGUGACUGCAAAUGUGCUUUUUCUGUUAAUUUUUUUGUGAUUCCAUGUUACAGGUUGUUUUAUUUUCUUCAUUGCUUUGAGGGUUAGAAAAUGACAGUUUAACAGCAAUAAGUUGUGUUAAUUCUUAUUACCUUUUGCGUUCAGUUGUGCUGUUGAUUGUGUAUUUAAUUUUUUGAAUGGACAAAGACACUUGUCAUUCUGAAAUGCUUAUUCACCUUGAUGGACUAAAAGAAAGAGCAGAAGUCGUCUAUAAGGAAUUUUUUUGCACUGAGUGCACCGCUCAACAUUUCCAUCCUGCAUGUUGGUCAGAGGGGCAAUAACACUGCUGAUGGCCUGGCCCAAAAAGGGGCCAUCAGCAAUACCCUAAUUCUGAAUCACUCAUAGGUGGGGAAGCCAAACUCAAAUUUGUACAAGAGUUUUACUGUUUUUCGAGACCACAUAAUUUGUAUAUGGUCAUGUGCAUAAGAUUAAUAUGCUCUUAGUUUGGCAAUCUGUAUAUGGUCAUGUGCAUAUGAUUAAUAUGUGGUUAUUCUAUUUUAAUUAUAAUACAGUCGAGUUCUUCAAAAACAAAAAAAACAAGCAGUUUUGAAUUCUUAUCAUCAUUUCCCUAUAUCGGCAAAGUAUUGAAUCAUUGGCAAUUGUAGUGAAACAACAGGUUAGUGGAAGAAUAACUUUUUUUACCAGUGGUGGCUGUUUGUUUCUCUACCGUAUCUUAUUUGUUUGUUUCUCCACCGUAUGUUAUUAUGACUUGAACUACGGUUCUACUUUCUCUUUUUUUUGCGAUAACUGAAAUGCACUUUUUUUGGCCCGAAUAUUAAUUUCUAAGAGUCUCAAUUCUAUAGCCGUUUCUUUUUUUCUUAAGUGUAACUGAUUUGUGCGUAUGGCUAUCCAUAUUACUGUUGCUUUCUGGUAUCAUUGCCUUGAAAUCAUUCAACUGACACUCUUUAAAUUUUGCUUUUGAUGACUAAUGUCUUGCUAUGUGUUCCUGUACUAUUCUGGGAAACUGUUCCCCAAUUGCAGGUCAUGGAGAAUGAUAUAUCCUUUUAGUUUAGGGCAAGUGUGCUAUACACUCUCUAUUGAAUUAAGUGAUGCAUGUAGUGGAGAGAAUGGAAACCGCUAUUGGGGUCAUUCUUGUUUUUUAGGUCUCAUUCCAUAAGCCUCCAUUUCAAGGAUGAAUAUCAAUGGAUAUUGGUUUGAAUAUCUUAUGCUUAUCCUGCAGUUUGUGUUGACUUCAACCUAGCCUUGUCAUUUGCAUCUUGUUUUACCAAAUUUGAAUCUUAGUGGCUGCUUCUGUAAAUUCAUAAUGGGACAAUACAAACCUGUUGUUUCGGCUUUGGGGAUAAAACUAGAUAUUUUGUUAUUUCUAUGUAGUUUUUGAACUUAUUCUCUCCUUGCUUAUGCAUUUGUGGGUACUUUGUGGGCUUGGGAAUCACUCAUAAUCUUUUAGAGGUGUAAAUUGGUGGAACCCUUGCAGUUUUCUAAUGGAAGCCCAUGCAUUCCAGCGUUCAAUGAUCUAUGUGGACCUGAUUUUUUGCCUUUGAACUAUUCUCGUGAUUUUCUUUCAAAUAACGAUAGAAGAUUGCGCAUUUUCUCGGGCACAGCAAAUCCUACACUUUCCCAAGAAAUUGCAUGCUACAUGGGCCUGGAACUCGGGAAAAUAAAGAUAAAGCGAUUUGCUGAUGGUGAAAUCUAUGUUCAACUGCAAGAAAGUGUAAGAGGAUGUGAUGUGUUCCUAGUGCAACCCACCUGCCCUCCAGCGAAUGAGAAUCUCAUGGAGCUUUUAAUAAUGAUUGAUGCAUGUCGCAGAGCCUCUGCCAAAAAUAUAACUGCUGUUAUUCCAUAUUUUGGAUAUGCAAGAGCAGAUAGAAAGACUCAAGGACGUGAGUCCAUUGCGGCCAAGCUUGUCGCAAACUUAAUUACAGAGGCCGGUGCGAAUCGUGUUCUUGCAUGUGAUCUUCAUUCUGGCCAAUCCAUGGGGUACUUUGAUAUUCCUGUGGAUCAUGUGUACGGCCAGCCUGUGAUUCUGGAUUACCUGGCUAGUAAGACGAUUUCAUCGAAUGAUUUGGUUGUUGUCUCACCUGAUGUGGGUGGUGUUGCUCGAGCUCGCGCUUUCGCCAAGAAACUAUCUGAUGCACCCCUUGCAAUUGUGGAUAAGAGGCGCCAAGGACACAAUGUUGCUGAGGUUAUGAACUUGAUAGGGGAUGUUAGGGGAAAGGUUGCUGUAAUGGUGGAUGACAUGAUUGAUACUGCAGGGACUAUUACAAAUGGCGCUGCGCUUCUACAUCAAGAGGGUGCAAGGGAAGUCUACGCAUGCUGCACACAUGCUGUUUUUAGCCCUCCUGCUAUCGAGAGGUUAGCAGGAGGUCUAUUUCAGGAAGUCAUAAUCACAAACACCAUACCUGUGAUGGAGAAGAACUAUUUUCCUCAGCUUACCAUCCUUUCAGUGGCCAACCUUCUUGGCGAGACCAUCUGGCGUGUCCACGACGACUGUUCUACUAUUUGCCUUUGUACAAAGGGGUUACAAUCUCCCCUAGCUGGGCGGCAGGGGUGUGCUAUUUCCUCUUACAAAGUUAAAAAAGACUUUCUGGAACCUUGAGCAAGGUCACUGGUUAGGGGUGCUUACGGCCUAUUUGCACCGAAGGGUGGGUUUGAACCCUAUUCAAGCUUGGGCAUUGAUUGAUCGCUCUGGUGAUGAUGAACACGAAAAAUCGAUUUCCUUCACUCUCAUA